AGCAUCUAGUUCAAAAAUGGGCUCUAGAAACAACACACCGCGAGCCCUCAGCUUCGGUGUCGAGCUGGAACUAUACGUAGCAUGGAUCACGCCCGACGUCGAAGCCGACUCCCUCGACGUCCCCCCUGGGUUCAACACGAGUAAGGGUGCGCCACUAAGAGUGCCGAGCGGCAGGUUUGACGAUCUGCUCUGGGCCCUAAACGCGCGGAUCCGAGAGACGCUCCAAGGCUUCCCCUCGGCCGCCGUGGCAUCGGCAGAUCUCAACGGAAGAGUAGACUUCGUCCACGACGACGAAUGGUCGCACCUACAGACGUACAGGGAGUGGACCGUGAAAGGGGACCCUUCGCUGAGUACCCCCGACGAGCUAGACAGCGGCAUCGACUCCGGCUGGGACGGGCUCGAGGUCUGCUCGCCCGCGCUCUGGGCCACCGAGCAGGGCUUCGCCGAGGUCCGGAGGGUCUGCGAGCUCCUGCACGACACCAUCUGGACGACGAACAUCGGCAACUACACCGGGCUGCACAUCCACGUCGGCUACGGGCACAGCUGGUUCCCGAUGCACUCUGCGCGGCGUAUCGCAGCCUUGCUUUACGCCGCCGACCCGCUCCUCGCCGCGUCCCACGACCCCGACCGGCUGCUGAACUCGUUCUGCCCCAGCAUCCGCAUGUACUCGAACGUGUCGCUCGGCGUGCGCAUCGCCGACCUCGAGAUGCGGCCCCACUCGGAGCUCGAGAUCUCGGACGUCUCGCUCGCGGGCAGCUCGCGGCCGCGGACCGAGCUCGCCCAACGCAUCCGCGACGGCUUUGCGCGCAGCCAGCAAGCGGUGUCCAGCAGCUCGACGCGGCCGUACCGGGGGGGCCUCCCGCCGCGGCCCUCGACCAAGACGUACACGCCGCUCCCCGAGGCGCUGGAGAACAUCCUGCCGUCGGCGGCGCGCAACUACGGCGUGUACCCGGACCGGUACGACUUCCGGCCGGCGCCGAUGCAGGAGGCGGUCGCGGAGCUCCUGCAGACGGACAACCGGUGGGCGCUGGGCAAGCUGACGACCGUCAGCUCGGGGCGGUCGGCGUACUCGUUCCACCACUUCCUGCGGGACGGCGGCAAGCGGACGAUCGAGUUCCGGCAGGCGGCGGGGACCGUCGACCCGGCGGAGGUGGUCAGCCGCGCGCGCAUCGCCGUGCGCCUGUGCGAGUUCGCGAGCAACGGCAGCGUCCAAAGCGACCGCUACAGGAAGCUGCUGACUGACUGCAUGAUAGCCGAGGACAUGCCGAGCUGGUUCGACUUCUACGACUUGCUGCUCGAGCUCGAUAUGCGCCCCGAGGCGGAGGUCAUCCAUGCUGUGAAGGAGAACAAUAUGACGGAUGCGGUAAGGCAGAGGUAUUGGGCGGCGCCGCGUCGUUGA